CCCUUCAACACUGUAGCUGCUGUGUGAGAUAAUGGAAGGUAUUUGGAUCAACAGAUAUCGGAAGCAACUGGUAAAAUCCAUCAGCGGACCCUUUCUGGAGACUAUAAUCCGUUAUAUGAAGAGACAGGAUUUGAUCAGUGCUGAAGAAGUGAAUCAGAUUCAGGAACUGAGUACCCUGUCAGACAAAGUAAAGACAGUCAUUGAUGUUCUAGCUGGUAAAGGGAACACAGCCUCAGAAUCACUGCAGACCUUCAUAGAAACCACUAACUCGCAGCUGUAUCUUUCCAUUACCAUUUAUGAGCCAAUGGUACAGAAACAUAUUGAGGUUCUGCAGAGCAAAUUUGGUAGUGGGAAUGACAUCAGUGCAAUGUGUGAGAAGCCCUUCCUGGAAAGACUGACCAAUCUCUUGCUAAUUGAUGGGCUGACGGACAUCCAACAGAAAGAACAUGAUGUGAUGCAAACUGAGGCCACCAGAGGGUUGAAGAACAGCCUGAGGCAUACCCCAUUGGAAAGGCUCUUCCUCCCCCUUUCAAAGGUUAACAUCCCGCCACGCAUUUCAGUAACAGUUGGGGUGGCUGGAAUUGGUAAAAGCACUUUGGUGAAACUAUUGUUGUACAAAUGGCUGAAGGGAGAGUUGUACAGAGAUGUAACUUUCAUAUUGCCUUUCAUGUUUCGAGAACUGAACUCCUUUGAAAGAAUAUCUGCAGAAAAGCUGCUCAAGUUGACCUUUCCCCACAUCACUGAAACCAACCACAUCCUGAAUGGGACAGCGAAGGUGGUGCUUAUCUUUGAUGGUCUGGAUGAGUUCAAGUAUCCACUGGAAUUUUCAAACUCCCAGAUAUGUACUGACCCAAAAAAAGACAUCCAGAUUGACAACUUAAUCACCAACAUAAUACGAGGUACCAUCUUUUCCCAGGCAACUGUAUGGAUCACUUCACGCCCAACAGCAGCCAGUCAAAUUCCAGCUGGACUCGUGGACAGAAUGACAGAACUCCGGGGCUUUGGGGAAUUGGAGAUUAAAGACUUCUUGGAAACACUCUUUGAAGAAAGAACAAUGGCAAUGCAGGUCUUUCUGUGUAUAAAGGCCCAUAAAUCACUCUACAUAAUGUGCUCUGUCCCAUCCUUUUGUCUGAUGAUUGGGCUGUCCCUUGCAUACUACCUCAGAAUCAGUAAUGAUGGUGUUAAGACUGGAAAUUUCCCAAGGACAAUGACAGAAAUCUAUACGUAUUUUUUCAAGAUGAUUCUCAAUGGAGACUGGCAGGAAAAGGAACAGGAUGCACUGAAGAUUGAACAAACAUUCAGUAAUAACAAGAAACUAAUAAUUAACCUAAGUAAGCUGGCAUUUUAUGGGUUAAUCAAGCGCAAGUUUGUUUUCUAUGAACAGGACAUGAAGGCAUAUGGCAUCGACCUCACCUCACUACAAGGGAGCUUGUGUACUGGGAUCUUCAGCAAGGAUGACUCCAAUAUCUGUACAGUUUACUACUUUACACACAUAACCAUACAGGAGUAUCUAGCUGCCAUUUAUUAUUAUACAGCAGCCAAAAGGGCCAUAUUUGAUCUCUUCACAGACAGUGCUAUGUCUUGGCCCAAAAUAGGCUUCCACAACCAUUUUAAGAAUGCAAUCAGUAAGUCCCUCCAGUCAGAAGAUGGUCAUUUGGACGUAUUUGUGCGAUUUCUUUCUGGGCUGCUCUCGCCAGAAGUGAAUGGUUUGCUGCAGGGCCUGCUCCUGACAAAGGAUGAACAAAACAGCUAUCGGGCAUCAGUGAUGCACCACCUGCAAUGCUGCCUCAACACCGACUACAUCAUCUCCUCGCGAACAGUCAACAUAAUGCAUUGUCUCCAUGAGCUGCAGCACACUGAGAUUGCUAAAGGGGUGGCAGAUGCUCUACGAACAGGGAGUCUGGCUGGGAGGCUGACUCCCAUAAACUGCUCAGCAUUGGCCUAUCUCCUGCAGGUGUCUGAGGAAUGCAUGGAAGAGACCAAUCUUUCCAACUGCCUGAGUUAUAAUAUCUUCAAGAGCUUGCUCCCCCGUCUACUAUACUGCCAUAAUCUCAGGCUGGAAAACAACCAGUUCAACGACAAUGUGAUGGAUCUAUUGGGCAGCUUGUUGAGUGCAAAGGACUGCCAGAUCAAAAAGAUUAGUUUAGCUGAAAACCUAAUUGGCAAUAAAGGAGCUAAAGCAAUUGCUCAGUCACUGAUGGUGAACAGGACUCUGGCUGCAUUAGACCUUAGGAGCAAUUCGAUUGGUCCCAAAGGAGCCAAAGCAUUGGCUAAUGCCUUGAAGAUAAACCAGGGUUUGGUCUCAUUGAAUCUUCAGAAUAAUUUUGUGGCUGAAGAUGGGGCAAAGUUCACCGCAGAGACUCUUCAUGUGAAUCGCAAACUAACUGUAUUAAACCUUCAAAAGAAUUCCAUUGGCCAUGAAGGUGCCAAGCGGAUUGCAAGUGCCUUAAAGCAUAAUGGGAUCUUAAAGGAACUCAUCUUGUCCAGCAACUGUGUAGGUGAUAUUGGAGCUACUGCCAUAGCUGAAGCCUUGAAAGUGAACAGAAGCCUAACAACACUCAACCUCCAGAGUAAUUCCAUAAGUAACAAUGGUGCCACUGCCCUUACUGCAGCUCUCAAACUGAAUGAAGGCCUCAUCAACCUGAACCUUCGAGAAAAUUCCAUUGGUCUUAAUGGUGCAAUGGAAAUUGCGAAUGCACUACGUGUGAACAAGGUGCUUAGGUCCUUGGAUUUAACAGCAAACUUGUUACAUGAUGAGGGAACAGCAGCAAUCGCUUCAGCUAUCCGAGAGAAUCAAACUCUCACAUCUCUGCAUCUUCAGUGGAACUUCAUCAGUUCAGAUGCUGCAAAAGCUUUAGCUCAAGCACUACAGUCCAAUCACAGCAUCACCAGCCUUGACCUUCAGGAAAACAGCAUUGGAGAUGAAGGGAUCAUUGCUCUUUCAGCUGCACUCAAAAAUAACUCCGUGCUGACCUCUUUGUAG